CUCUCAGUUAUCGGCCACAGACGAUUCAGAGCUUCUUUGUCAAAUGGAAGCUGCUCCUUGGUUGGGGUAUUCGGUUAUGAAUCGCAUUCACCCCCCUUUUUUACACUGCAAGCAUAUGAGUAUCUUCACGCACAACUGGAUAGGCCUUUUGGAUACGCUUGUCCAAGGCCCAAGACAUAAAGUUGCCUGAAAGCUGUGUAACAAUCAUUCCAUUGCUGACCCAUAGGAUGGUAAUCACGUACAUGAUUGGCUUAAUCUAGAAUCAUGGAUACCUUUCAUACCCUCUCAUCACAAGAUGGAACUAGUGGUCAACAUUGGGACAAUGCAGCCAUAAAUAACAUGGACCAAUAUUUUAAUGGAGUGAGCAAGACCUGCCAGCAGAGCUCACUGGAGCAGGGAGACAUCCCGUCAUCCUUUUGGCACCUGACAAAGCUUGAGAUUCAAAUCCUGCUGAACGAUGUUAAGCAUUCGAUUAACCACAUGCAGGGGACGCUGAACACCAUGCAGGGGCAGUGUAUUGAGUUGCAGACUGCCAUGUCUAAGAUCAUCACAGCAGCCGAAGUUGCUGUGCAGAGGGAGGAGAUCCCCCGAGCAUCAGGCCUCAACCCGUCACAGAGGGAGGUUAUCCUCCAAACAGCCAGUGUCCCUGUACAGACGGAGGGGAUCCUCCAAACAGCCAGUGUCCCUGCACAGAGGGAGGGGAUCCUCCAAACAGCCAGUGUCCCUGUACAGAGGGAGGGUAUCCUCCAAACAGCCAGUGUCCCUGUACAGACGGAGGGGAUUCUCUCAGCAGCUAGCAUCACUGUGCAGAGGGAGGAGAUCCUCCGAGCAUCAGGCCUCAUCCCUGCACAGAGGGAGGGGAUCCUCCAAACAGCCAGUGUCCCUGCACAGAGGGAGGGGAUCCUCCAAACAGCCAGUGUCCCUGCACAGAGGGAGGGGAUCCUCCAAACAGCCAGUGUCCCUGUACAGACGGAGGGUAUCCUCCAAACAGCCAGUGUCCCUGUACAGAGGGAGGGGAUCAUCCAAACAGCCAGUGUCCCUGCACAGAGGGAGGGUAUCCUCCAAACAGCCAGUGUCCCU